AUGGAAGCUCCUCUUGCCAGAAAGGACGCAGCUCCUGUAAAGAGAGAUGAUGUUUGUGGGCGGGACUGGAAGUCAGAAUGCUUCCUGGGCACCUGGAGUGCCGGACCUGAAUGUACGGAAACAGCUUGGAUUUCAACGAUAGUCAGCCAGCUAGUGAAUCCACCAGCCACAGAAACAGCGUAUACCCCAACCGCAUACUGCUCUGAGGUCUUGCAACAGACUUCUACUUCCACAAUUCGCGUCACAUAUUCAGCAACUAGCACGAUUUCGCAGAAUACAUAUAUCUACAACUAUGUAACCAAAACCGACCACGACCACCCUACAUCCACCGUCUGGUGCCCAAAGCCAUCGCAGAGCCAGGUCUGUGGUAUUGAAUUUCACGGCACAAUCUACGCGACCGACAUGCAGCCAAUAUGGCCCCAAGAUACCAUCAGAUUCGUCGACGUCAAUACUUGCCACCAGAGAUGCCUAAGCGACCCCGCGUGUCACAGCUUUCUCAUUCAACGUUCUAGCAGCGGUGGCGAUAUCAUCGACUGUUCCCUCUUCGGCGCGAAUCUAGGCAUCAAUGGCACUCGCGCCGAGCAUCCCCCUACACCCUUAGCCACACCCAGUGGGAAGGGCUGGUACGAUCGCAACUGUCCCGAGUUCUUACCCACCGAGUGUGGGCCCCAACAGCAAUCCCUCGCCCCCCGAACCGAGGCACCCAAACCUCGCGACCCCAUGAUAACUGCCGCGCCGGUGCCUCCGGCCGUAGACAACGCCGCAGCGCUCGAAAAGCGCUAUAUCUCACACUUCCCCGAUUAUCUGAGUUCGGACUUUGCGUGGGCGGGCGGGUAUUUCCUCACGUGGGGGUGCUCGUGUCUCAUUACUUCUGCGUUGCCGGAGACGACGUCGACGUCGACGGUUUCGAUUCCGGUCUGGCUUGGGACUGUGAGUACGACGAGUACCCAUUAUCAAGAGUAUACGGUAACUGUGACGGCGCGGACUACGACGGUUUAUCCAAGUAUUGAUUAAAAGGAUGGAAUUGUGGAACAGGAGUGUGAGUUGGGUGGGGUUGAUAGAAUGGAAUGCAGCAGGAGAAUUAGUCGUAAGUGUUGACAGUAUUACUUUAUACUUGUCGAGUGUUGGAAAGAGGUUUUGAAACGACUUCACAAAAAGGGCAAAGCUUUAUUUGGAAG